GUUUGUGGUCGUAGGAGCUGAAUCAUCUUAUAACAUCAUUAUGGGGCGAACGAGCUUGAAUGCGUUCCAGGCGGUCGUAUCCACAUACCACAUGACGAUCAAGUAUCCUGUGGGCGAAAACGUAGGGGAGAUUGCCGGGGAUCAGCUCACUUCGAGGAGCUGCUAUCAAACAACGGUGAGCAGUAACAAGCAACUGGCGAAGAGGCAGGCCAAGUCGAAGGAGGGGGAGGUUAAUCGACCAGGUAAGUUGAGGUCAAAAGAGGAUAAACAGAGGAUGGAGAAGGGUAAGGAGAAGAUGGAUAUCCAGCCAGAGGGAGAAGUUGAGGAGAUUCAGAUGAUCGAGGGGUGUGAGGAGAGAAAAUUCAGAAUCGGGAAGGACCUGGAGGAGCCUAUUCGGUCGAGGCUGAUCGAUCUGGUUAGGGAGUUCGCUGACAUUUUUGCCUCUACAGCGGAGGAGUUGACGGGAGUAAGUGCGGAGGUUAUCGAGCAUCGGCUGAACAUCGGCCUCAGUGUGAGGCCGGUGAAGCAGAAAAGAAGGCACCAUGGGGCGGAGAUGGACAAAAUCAUUGAGAAGGAGGUCGAGAAGCUAUUGGGAGCAGGGCAUAUCAAGGAGAUCCAGUUCCCCGAAUGGUUUUCAAAUACAGUGAUGGUGUCGAAGGCGGAGGGAAAAUGGAGGAUAUGCAUUGAUUUCCAUGAUCUGAACAAAGCAUGCCCAAAGGACUUAUACCCACUGCCCAGAAUCGACCAGCUGGUCAACUCAACGACGGGGUGCGAACUGCUGAGCCUGAUGGAUGCCUCCCAGGGAUAUCAUCAAAUUCCCUUGGCGAGAGAAGACAGGAAGCAGGUGAGUUUUGUAACGAGUCGAGGAACCUAUUGUUACGUGGUCAUGCCGUUCGGCCUAAAGAAUGCAGGCGCCACAUAUCAAAGGUUGGUCGAUAAAAUCUUUAAGGAGCAACUGGGGAGGAACAUGGAGGUGUAUGUGGAUGAUAUGUUGGUGAAGAGCAAGGAGGAGUUGGAUCAUGUGCGAGACUUGAAAGAAACGUUCUCAACAUUGCGGAGGUAUGGGAUGAAAUUGAAUCCAGCUAAGUGCUCUUUCGGGGUGAGGUCGAGAAAAUUCUUGG